AUGUCGGAAACCACUCGCAUUCUUUCCCUGAAGAAUGUGUUUGGUCUCAAUGCCAAAGUUAAGAACAAUAUAUGGUACAUUAGUGAGUCUUGCGUCGUGUAUCCAUCGGGACGAUGUCUCGUUUUCCAUCAAAGCAAUGGAGUGAGAAAGAUUCGAACGGGAUCCGAUUCAACGGAAGGUAUCUCUUCUCUUUGCCUCUCCCCCAACAGAAAAUAUCUGGCUGUGGCAGAGAAGACCAAGCCGCUCUCAGCCAACGUUAAAAUUAAUGAUCUCAAGAAGAAUCCUCCUGUCAUCAAACUUUACGAAACAUCGAAUUAUACAGUCAAAAAAACAAUAUCACAUCCUGGAGUAGGAUCGCAUGAAUAUGUUUGCAUUGCAUUUUCUCAGGAUGGUAAAUACUUGGUAGCUCAGGGAGGAGGCCCUGAAUAUAACCUUGUCUUGUGGUCAAUGGAGGGAAAGACCAGAGUUGUAGAUACGUUUUGUACAUCAUCGGUAGAUGGAGAUCCUGUUUUUCAGUGUUCAAUUAGUCCGGAUAACAAGACCAUUUGUGUUUCAGGAAAUGGUAUUUUCAAGUUAUUAACGGUUGACGAAAGAGAAAAAUUGAAAGUCCUUGUCGACGGAAUUGCUAAAAGAGAUCAUGAACCUUAUCUCGCUCAUACAUGGCUCGAUGAGGAACGUUUAAUAGUUUCCAAUGCCAAUGGAGAUUUGUUUUAUAUUUGCCAAAAUGAAUUUAAACAAAUACUGCCUUCGUCACCUUCUGACGGUCUCAGCAUUACCUCUCUCAUUCCGUAUGGCACAGGAUUUGUUUGUGGAGGAGAAAAUGGAAUUGUUUCAAUUUUCGAAAAGUCAGCAGACGACAAGGAGAUUUAUGCUCGAUCAAAAACAUUGAGAAUUAUGAAUAGCACUCAAUACAAGGAACUUGGAGAGACCUACCUCGACCACAAGAUUUUGAAUUUCAAUUUGAGCCCGUCCAACGAAAAUCUUGUCCUAUCUACGAGCUCUGCUCAAAUAUUUACACUCAAUAUUUCAAGCUCAGAUAUUUUACAGAAGGAGGAUGAAAUCAAAUUUGAAUACUUGACCAUUCCUUUCCAUUCGAAACCAAUCACAGGUAUCGACACUGCCAUCAGAAAACCCAUUGUUGCCACAUGCAGCACGGACAAAACUGUUCGUAUUUGGAAUUAUAUCGAUAAUAGUUUGAACAUUGUGAAACACUUUCCUGCUGAGGCCUAUUCCAUUGCUGUACACCCCAGUGGUCUACACAUUGCAGUGGGUUUUCAAGACAAGCUUCGAUUCAUGGAUAUUUUAGGUGAUGACAUUAGGGAACAAAAGUCAUUCCUAGUUAGAAAUUGUGCUGAGGUAAAGUUUAGCAAUGGAGGACACUAUUUCGCCGCUGCUCACGGAAACGUGAUCAAUGUCUACAAUACGUACACUUUACAAUUAGUGUCAGCCCUCAGAGGUCACAAUGGAAAAAUCAGAGCACUGCAGUGGUCUGACGACGACACUCGCGUAUUGAGCGUUGGCAUGGAUGGAGCAGUCUAUGAGUAUGUUAUCAAGACAGAAAAAAGGACCAUUCAUCAUACGAGUAAGAAUGUGGCUUACACUUCCGUCGUUACGGAUGGUAAAAACAUUUAUGUAUGUGGAAGUGACAACAAGAUCAAGGGAUUUAGUGAAGGAACCCCUCAGCUAGAAUACGAUCUCGGAGAAAAUACUCUUGUAUGCAUGGAAUAUUCAGAGGGUCAAAAGCUAAUCUUUGGAGGCAUGGAUAACGGAGUGAUCUCUGUUCACUCAUUUCCCAAUUUAGAAUAUAUCGAAGACAAGAUUAUGCUGCAUUCAGGAACUAUCAAUCGAAUUGGAAAAUCAUGGGACGAUACCUUCUUGUUUACGGCUGGAGAGGAUGGCAUGUUGGGAAUUAUUGAAAUUAGAGAUCGUGAUGGUGGAAAGGCCAAAAAGGAAACAAAGUAUUCUGAGGAAAUUCUCAUUUCAGGAGCGGAUUGGGAAGAGAAAAAUGCAACCAUUGCUGAGCUGCAAGCAAAAGUUGCCGAGCUCAAGUCCGACAACGAGUACGAGCAAAAAAAGAAGGAAAUUGAGUUUAACAACACCUUGAGAGAGCAAGCAAAGAAUUUUCAAUUGGAGCUCAGCAAAAAACAAGAAGAAAUUCAAAGUAUUCUUCAAGAGAAAAAGGUCGUCACAGACGAGUAUGAAAAGAAAAUUGACGAGCUCAUCGAGAAACAACGAGAAAAAAUUAAGGCACUUGAGCAAGAUUUCAACGAGAGGCUUCACAACUCGUUAGAACAGAUCGCUGAGCUCAAUAGAGAACGGGAAAAGGAAAAACGAGCGAUAUUAGAAGAGGCCAAAACAAAGGAAGAAAUGCACAUGCGAGAACUCACCGACAUUACAGAAGAAUAUGAAGACGAAAUCAAGAGAAAAGAAGCAUCAUCGAAUGCCCUCAUGGAUGAAAAGGCUGAACUUGAAAAGAAAUUUGCUGAAAUUAAGAAUCAAAUGGAAGAGGAUCAAGAUAAGGAAAUUAAAAUCCUGAAGGAAACCUAUGAAAAGAAGCUGCUCAAAAUGAAUGAGAGCUACAACGAGGCAAAGAGUGAAGCAAACAAAUGGAAUGACCGAUUCAUUGCUCUUCAAAAAACACUUAAACAAAAAAUGGAGCAAAUUGAAAAACUUGAAGAAAAGAAGCAACGUGCAGAGAACCUGAAUAAGCAAUAUCAGGAAGACAUUCAAAAGAUGACAGAAGAGAAUAAGGAAAGAGAGGAAACCAUCAUUGACAAGGAGAAACGAAUCUUCAAACUGAAGAGGCAAAAUCAGGAACUUGAAAAGUUUAGAUUUGUUUUAGAAUACAAAAUUUCAACCUUACAAGAACAAAUUAAGCCAAGUAAGGAAGAAAUUACCGCUCUGAGAAGAGAAACCAAAAAGAUGAGAAAAGAGUUGGAAAAGGCGAAAGAAAAGAAUGACCGGUUAAUACUCAAUAUUAAGGAUUUAGAACUAAAAAUUGAUGGACGUGUUAAGGAAAUACAACGACUCAACUUUAAAGUGAAAGACUCGGAUACUCUUCUCAAGAGAAUACGUGCGGAUAUUUACAAGGUUGCACAACUGAUCCAAGAGCCAAAAGAACUGAAAGAGGAAGUUGCAAAACUGUAUCAAACCUAUGUCUCUGAGCAAAUUGCAACUCAAGAAAUGGACUUUGAUAUUCAAAAAGAAUAUGAAAGACAACGGUCCUAUUUGGAAAAGACAGUUGAAUCCCUCAAGAAGAAGCUUGUAAAAGCGACUGAAACUUCAAAGGCAGAUAAUAAGCGAAUCAUGAAUGAGAAUGUGUUACUGAUCAAAGAAAUUAAUGAAUUGAGGAAAGAAGUACGAUCCCUCAAGAGCAGACUGAAAGAUAAGGAUGUGGAAUCAAAAAUCGGAAAGAAGAAUUCUGUUGAGAACUUGACAGCAUCUGCUGAAAAAGAACUUCCAGGCAUCACUUCCCUUGAGCAAGCUCUGAAAGAAAUUGAAAUGCAACGACACAAAAUACAAACGCUACGAGAGAAAGUUGAGGAGUAUGAAGCCGAGAAGAAGGCACUCUCAAGACCCAUUUCCAGAGAACGGCUGCCACCAGUCAUUGUAUAA